AUGUCAUACCAAGAUUGGAAGCCUGUAGUUUGGACUAAACAUGAGAAUUUCAAGGGUCCUAACAAAGAAUCCGCACUUAACAAGGCCAGACGUGCUGGAGUAGAGCUUGAUACUCAAAAGAAAUUUCUUGGAGGUCAAAACAAGACAACUAAAUCAUUUUUACCCCCUAAUGCUGCAAAGAUUGAGAAUGAAAAUGAAUCAUUUCACAUCGAGCGGGUUUCAUUUGCCUUUCGUACCGCUUUACAAAAGGCCAGAAUGGCCAAAAAUAUGACUCAAAUUCAGCUAGCUCGAGCAAUAAAUGAAAAUGAAACUUUGAUAAAGGAAUACGAAAAUGGAAGUGGAAUACCAAAUGGUCAAGUAAUCCAAAAGUUGAACCGAGUUCUAGGUGUAAAAUUACCCCCUUCAAGAGAAUCCAAAUCGAAAUCUCUUGAAUUAUGA